AACAAAUUAAAAUCACUUGAAAUAAUUUUAUUGCAUUCAAUAUUUCAAAUGGCAAUCAAAGCGAUCAACAUAUUGGUCCUCUUCCUUUUGGCUAGCUCGAUCGUGUUGGUGAGCGGUGCGCGUCGUCUGAGUGCGGUGCCUUCGCCUGACGUAGUGAAGGAUGGGCCGAGUCUCGGGGCAGGGCACACGGUUGUGGAUGGAUAUACACUCGGAGGUGUUAAGGAUUCGGGUCCGAGCCCCGGGGCAGGACACAAGUAUACGGAUGCUAAACCGCUCGGAGGAAUUAAGGAUUCGGGUCCGAGCCCUGGGGAAGGAAACAAGUAUACAGAUGCUAAACCGCUCGGAGCAGUCAAGGAUUCGGGUCCGAGCCCUGGGGCUGGACAUUAAAUUAAGAUCUAUGCAUAUGAAGGCUCAUUUAUUAUUAUUAUUUAUUUAUUAUUUUUAACCACAUAUUCAAUUCGAUCAUUUUUUUUUCUUUGAUUUAUUAUUUUCUGUAGUUUCUUAGCGAAGAAUUCUUUGUUUUGUUAUCCUUUAUUCAAUAAUUGUAUGCUCUCACAUUCAAAAGAAUGUGAAAGUUAUUACCGAAAUUACCGAAAUAGCACAAUACGUCGAUUUGAGCUUUAUUUUAAA